CAAAUUAGAUACAUUAUUCUUCUAUCCACUUAUUCGUAUUGCGCAAAACAGUUUCCAUGUUUAAAUAAAAAUGAUUCUUCAGUUCAUAAAUCGUUUUCACCUGCCAACCAUGCGUUAAGUCCAAUAGUUUCACAAAGAAAAUUUCAUUGCAAAGACAAUGAGUGAGCUUUAGAAUGAAUAUUUCACUUGAAAAACUUGUUAAUAAUCAAAGAAAAUCAUCACUUGUUGCUCUUGAACAUAUAUAAGGAGUAUGGGGAAAGAUUUAUCGUUAACAUAUAUCUGAUUUUCAGUCGUCUGUAGUUUGGAAUUGUUUUGACUAUGGGUAAUCUAAACAAGGAUUAUCAGUGGAGAAUUAGUGUAUUGAUGAGUGCAGCUGUUUUCUUAAUUCUUCUUCCAUUGAUUUAUGUAGUCUUCGGAUCCAAUUCAUCACUAGCUAAUACUACAAGGAUGAACAAAAUUUUGAAUUGGAGUAAUGGUAGGAACAACAAAAGUUUAAGCAACCACCAAUUUGUUGAAGAAGUUCAAGGAGAUCCUGCUACAGAUUUACUUGUACGAAGAUUAGUACGAGGAAGAGAUUUAAUCAAACUCGACGCAACUGGCUUCUCGUGUGAUUUAUCUGUCAACUCCGAUGUAUGUGUUUCUAAAGAGCCUAUAAGAAUUGAUAUGCGAUCCAUGACUGUAUAUCUCUCACCCAAGCAGUCACUUCCUUCAAUGAAUUGGACUCUCCGGCCAUAUGCCAAUAAGCAAGCCAGUGAAACAAUGAGUUUUAUCCGGAAGGUGGAAAUACUUCGCGGUAUAGAAGACAAGCCACCGCCUCCAUGUGAUGUGACUCAUAACGUCUCGGCAGUCAUAUUCUCUACAGGUGCCUUCUCAGGGAACGUGUUCCAUGAAUUCAGUGAAGUGAUCAUUCCGUUGUUCUUGACAACCUACCACUUCCGGUCUCAACUCCAAUUUGUAGCUGUUGACUACGAGGCAUGGUGGGUGUCCAAGUAUAACCACAUUUUAACCCACUUGUCAAACUACAAUGUAAUGGAUUCUGUCAAAGAUGGGAAGGUGCACUGCUUCCCUGGAGCUGUGAUGGGUCUGAAGUACCACGACAAACUCGCCUGUAACACUAGUGAAAUCCCAGGCGGAUACUCCGCCAAGAACUUCACGAAAUUCAUAAGAGAUUCAUUUAGUUUGAAGAUAAACCAUGUGAUGGAGAUUGAAAAUCCUGUUCUUAUGAUAAUUUCGCGUAAGAGGACAAGAGUCUUGCUGAAUGAAAAUGAGAUUGUGGCCUUGGCAACUGAAUUAGGCUUCCGAGUAAUCACUGUAGCACCGGAUCAAAUGUCGAACUUGAACGUACUCUCUCAUCAAAUAAACUCGUGCAGUGUGCUAUUGGGAGUCCAUGGUGCAGGUCUUACUAAUGAACUGUUCUUGCCAGAAAGAGCAGUGAUGCUGCAGGUGGUUCCACUAGGACUGGAGUGGGCAUCUGCAGCCUACUAUAGUGAUCCAGCAAAGCAGAUGGGUUUAACUUAUUUGGAGUACAAAAUAAAUCCAGAAGAGAGCUCGCUUUUAGAGAAGUACGGUAAAUACCAUCCGGUCAUCACAGAUCCAGCGGCUAUACACAAGCAAGGUUAUCUUGCUUUAAGAGCUGUCUAUAUCGAUGGGCAGAACGUCACAGUUAACCUUUCGAGGUUUAGAGGAACCCUGGUGCAAGCCACCAAACUGAUCCGAAGGUCAACUCCAUAAAGUAAAGUAAGAAAACUAAUGUAUGGAGUUUGUUCUUUUUUUUCUGAAUAUGGGGGUUUACGCGCCUUCAACUAGCUAUAGAGCUCUGUUCUAAAAUAUUUUUCUAAUCUUAAUAAAUCAUACUCAUGUAAUUAACCGUA